AUGGAUUCAGAAGGUGAUGAAGCUAUAUUAAAAGCAGGAGAUAUCAUAUAAGGAAGAUUUCGUAUAGGAGAUCUACUUGGAGAAGGAUCAUUUGGAUCUGUCUUUAGGAUUUAUGAUACAUAGAACAACAAUGAAGUCUUUGCAAUCAAAGUAGAGUAAGAAUUGGAAGAAGAAGAAAGUAUGUUAGAAAGAGAAAUCAAGAUUAUGAUGGAAUUGAAGUAUUUUACUUAUGCAUUCUAUUCAUUUUAGGAAGAAACCUGGGUUCCCAUAAAUAUUAUACUAUGGAUAAGAGAAUCAUUUUGUUUAUUACAUUAUGAAUGUACUUGGACCCAACCUUGAAAUUACUAGCAAGAAAUGUGGAGGGUCUUUCUCUCUUGUAACUAUGUUGAGAUUAGCUAUUCAGGUAUAUGAGUAUUUUAUUGUUUAGUGUAGAUGCUUAGCCGAAUCGAAACGUUGCAUUCAAUGCGUCUCAUUCAUAGAGACAUUAAACCUGAUAAUUUUGUAUUAGGAUUGGGAUAAUAAUAAAAUAUAUUACAUCUUAUUGAUUUUGGAUUAUCUAAAUUUUAUGUAAAUUCUAAAGGUGAACAUAUCAAAUAAGUACGUAAAAAAGGAUUAAUUGGAACAGCCAGAUAUGCUAGUAUUAAUGCUCAUAAUGAACUUGAAUAAAGUCGUAGAGAUGAUUUAGAAAGCAUUGCUUAUAUCUUAGUUUAUUUAGCUACUGGAUCUCUACCUUGGAUGAAUUUAUAAAUUGAAUAAAAAGAUCUCAAAUAUGCUAAAAUAUUACAUUUAAAAAAAUCAACAACACCAGAUGUUGUAUGUAAAAAUCUACCAGCUUGCUUUAAUAAAUUUUUAACUGCUGUUCGUAAAUUAGAUUUUAUCACAACACCUGAUUAUGGAACUUAUAAGAAAUUAUUCUAAAAUGAAUUAGAGAAACAUUAAGUUUAACCAUACUAUGAUUGGGAAGUAGUGGGAGAUAAUUCAACAAAGAAGAAGAGUAACACAAUGCAUAUUAUGCCAGUAUUAAUUAUAAUUAAUUGAAGGAACAAUUAAAACAGAAUAAUAGUCCUAACAAUCUACAUAUUAUAAAUAGUAAUGGAAAUAAUAAUGGAUCAAAUAAAAAUACUAUGACUUAUGGUCAAGAUCAAAUCAUUGAAAGUGAUAUGGAUAAGAAAUUGAAUUUGUAAAUUUCAACAAAAGGUGUUGAUAAUAAAUAAUUUGAAAGGUUUGAAUAGAUUUUGUAAUAGAAUCAGAAGAAAUACUAUAAGAUGAAUAGUUCAAAGAGAUAAAAUUCUGGAAGAACUAAAACUCCUAUGAUGGUGAAUGUUCUUGAACCAGAUGUAAUUAAAAUUUAUAGUAUUUAGAAACAAAUUCAAUAAUAAUAAUAAUAUGAAUAAGUGUAUGAUGAAGUAUAAUACAUUGCAAAAUCAGCUAAAUUCUUGUAACCACCCUCUACUCCAAAUGUUAGAAAUUCCUCUUCUAUAAUAAAUCCAUAUUAUAUUCCAUCUUUAAAUACUUCAUAAGUGAAUAAUUAUGAUUGGAGUGAAGGAGAAGAGAUAAGUAAUGAAGGAACUCCAUUAUGGUGUAUGUAUGAUGAAAAAGAGAGAUAAAAUGUUAUGACUGGAAUAUAACCUAAAAAAAAGAAUUCUAUAAAACACAAUAGUUUUAGUGCUCUCCAAUAUCCAAUUUAGAAUCAAGUAAAAGGAAGUGA